UCAAUUCCUGGAUGGCAGCAGAGUGCUAAUCCAACCUUCAUCCUGGAUUUCAUAAACUGAAACAAGGGAGGCUGGCAGAAGCAGCGCUGCCGGAUUGAGGAAGCUGACGACGGUGCAGCAUGUGGGCAACACACUGUAUAAAGCUCAUAAACUUGUAGGCUGAUGUGUGCAGCUACCACUUUGGAUUCUGUACUGCUGCCUUCCCCCGGCACAAGGCACCAGAAGGCUGAGCAUUAAAGCUUGCUCUUUGGGACGGAGCAUUUACCCCUGCAAGACAUGAAGGGCUUCCUGUUUCUCACACUCUUCCUGAUGCCCGUGCACGCUGGAACUGCUUGGAGUGCGAAAUACGCAGUAGAUUGUCCUGAGCCCUGUGACAGUAACGCAUGCAAAAGUACCUUGCGCUGUAAGCGAACGGUGCUGGAUGACUGUGGCUGUUGCAGAGUGUGUGCAGCUGCUCUGGGGGAGACUUGCUAUCGUACAGUCUCGGGUAUGGAUGGUGUCAAGUGUGGUCCUGGGCUGAAGUGCCAGUUUUACACUGAGGAGGAUGACUUUGGUGAUGAAUUUGGUAUCUGCAAAGAGUCAGGAUGGCUAAAUUCUCUCUCGUUGCCUGCGACUGAUUUACAUCGAAGUUGUGGAAAAAUGAAAUCUCUGUUCUUCAAUUUCUUAUUUCUAAAAUGGGUAAAACAUGAGUGUCCCUAUGGUACCUAUGGAAUGGAAUGCAGGAAAACCUGCAACUGUCCCUCUGGCAUCUGUGACAGAGUAACCGGGAAGUGUUUGAAGUUUCCAUUUUUUCAACUGUCUGCUUCAAAGCCCUCAAAUCCACGAAAAAUAGUUUCACACACAGAGAAUGACAUGGCAUCAGGGGAUGGCAAUUCUGUAAAAGAGGAAUUUGUUAAAGAGAAAGCUAUUCACUCUCCGGUAAUGAAAUGGCUAAAUCCUCGCUGAAAUUUACUUGUACUCAUAAGACUUUCAAGUGAAUGCAUUUCUCACAGAUUAUUGAAUAUGCAACAACACACUUUAAGAACAAAGUAGAUCUAUAGCAUAUGAAAAUGUAACCUCUGAAGGGCAAUUGUGAUUCUGUUUUUCAUGACAAAAAUGUUUACUUAAAAAUAGACUGUACAGUGUAUAUGAUUUUGAUAUUUGUUUUGAUACAUAUUUGAACAGAGAAAUGCAUUGUGGAUUCCUGAAUGUAUAGUAGUAUUAAAAACCCAACACAAUUCAACACUCCUCAUUUAAAUAAUGCCAGAGGCUGACUCUUGCAGCCUGAGGCUGGGAAAGCUCUCACUGAAUGCAGUGGGCAGUUUGGGUGAGUGAAACCAUUGGUGUGGAGCCAAGGUGAAAGAAACACACAUCAACAAAUCCCAGGAUAGAAAGCAACACCCCUGAAUCACAAGAAUAAUAAUAACAACGUAGGAGCACAACAGUAUGAUUAAAAUAAACCACUGUUAGUCAUUAGUCAUCUUCUGGUUUUUGGAAGUUUGGUGACACUUCUUUGGAGAUAAAUACACCUUUCUUUAGUGAAAAAACACUCAGUGUUCCAGUUUAUAUAUUGUGAAUAAUGUAGCCAAGACACUGCAGACUUAUGCUGUAUUGAGGUGGAUUUCUCAAGUUAAAUUAUAUGCAGAGAAACAGCAGCUUGGUACAUUAUACAGAUUUGUAAAAGGGGACCCAAUAUAAAAGAAGCUGCUUAGCAUUAUUUAAAUAUAUAUAUAUUUCUAUAUAGCAACUACUAGUGCCAUUAAGGCAACGUCUACGUUUCUUGGGGAAGAGCGGGUUUGAUGCCAGAGGCCAGCAAACAGACCUUCAUACUUUCCAUCUUCAGCACUAGCUGAAGCCCAGCUGCAACUAACAGGGAGUUCAUCUGAUCCAGCAUAGUGAAGACUUGGACCCUCAGUGAGUGGUAGUGCAGCCACAGCCUACAGUACUUUGGUACCUACUCCUUUGUUUCUUGCUUGCAUGAGCAAGUGGUCCCAUUUCAUCCGGGAGAACAACAUACAUUAGAGUGUUGUAGGAACCCUCAGUCCCUCAUUCAGUUCAGACUGGACAAUGUAUUUGCAACAUAAAAAUCCAUCCAUCAUGAGAUGGGUUUGCUAAUAUAUCUGGAAACAACCAGAUCAUCAGAUAAUGGAAAUUGAUGUAACUGUGCCAGAGUGCAGAGCACGCUUACUGGAAAUGUGGUUUGAAUUGAAUAUUUCCUUUGAAAUCAAUGUGAGUUUUGACAGUGACUUCAAUUAAAGAAGGAGCACACAGUACUGCAGCCAAACUUUGGUACAGGAUCUGAAAACAUGCUUUUAAAACUACAAAUGGCAGAAACUCCAAAGCCUUUAAAGAGUACAAAUCCUGAUCCAAAGCCAAUGUCAGUGGAAGCAGGCUGCUUUCACCUGGGAAAGCAUCAUUGAACUGUGCUGCUCUAGAACAAGAGAAUGAUGGCAGCAGCAGACAUCUAAAUGUCAGUACAUCAAGGCAGGCUCUCCUACCACGAUAAUUAGAGGCACAUAAACAUACAUCUCAGCCUAGCAUAUACCACAUUUUAACCUGUAUUGGAUGUUUAGGACUGAGAGGGAGCAGCAUUAUCUUGGGCUGUUUACAAGUAAGCGUAUUGAUUCUCAUCUACUGAUAUCAGAAGUAAUUUUUUCUUGACUUCAGUGAGAGCAGGAUCAAACCCAUCGUCCUUCAGCAGACUGAAGAGAAUUAUUUAAAGAAUGUAGUAAAUAUUUGUAUACAUUAUUAUUAUUUUCCAACAGUGUCAUAAAUGACAUUAUGAGGUCUUGAAUGUAAAUCUAAUAAGCUGGUCAGUUUUAAAAAGUAUAUGAUUAUUAUUGUUCAAUAAAAAAACAAC